AUUAGCCGCUGCAUUUUUAUUGAAGUUGCUGUAAAUAUUGGGCUAGACAACUCGAGCAGCCAGCAGCCGCCAUUUUGCGGGGAUUUAUGGUGCAUUUUUCAUUGCCGUUUGCUGGAGGAGAGUCUAACUUAUGGCGAGUUGUGCGACAUGGUCCGGAGAAGUAUCCUCCUGGCAUGUAACCAAAUGAAGACGCUUUGUAUUGAUUAGCGAGCGGUGAUCCGGACUAGUGGCCCAAUGUCUUGUGGGCCGGGCCAUGCUAUUUGACAAAAUGUUCCAUCGCCAAGCCGCACGGAGAGAUAUGUGCACUAAGUCAAAUGCCCCAUCCCAUAAGCGCGCCGGAGUAGAUGGCUUAAUUUACGGUGUCGCGCGCGGACGUGACUGAACUGCUACCACCUCCAUCUGCAUAAUCACCUGGCUACUGACCACUGUGCACUGGAAAAUGACCGAAUCUAAUGGCGACCGCAAUCGGGCGAGUAUUAGAACAUUGGCUGCAUAUUGAUGGAGCGCCAAGUGCACUGCUCGUAAGGUGCAUGAGGUGAUGGAUUCGAGCUUCGGGCUUCGCUUCGCUUUUGGGUCAAUGUCAAAAUUGUUUUCGGUGAGACGCACAGUCCGAAUCCUAAGCAGUUUGUAUAAAACUGGGCCCCGCCGCCCCAGCUCCACAUAUUCAACGCAAUGGCACUCAGCUCGACGGUUGUCUGUCUUCUCGCCGGACUCAGUCUCGUCAGGGCGGAUGUGGGCGUGGCCGCGCAGCAUCUUCGCCCAGCGGACCAGCAAAAAGAGGCAUUGUAUCCAGCAGCCGGCUUUAAGCCUUCUAUACAGUUUGGCCUCCCGGCAGCCUCCCAGCAACCAAAAUCCGCUCGACUUGUGGUAAACAGUGAAGCGCAGGAGGAUCUUGACGACGCCGCCGAGGAGGUGGAGGUAACCCAACCCAAGGCAGAUCCUGUGCCACGUCGAAUUCCUGCUCCAGGGCCAGCACUGCCGGUGAAUCCCACCAUCGCAUACUAUCCUGCCGGAGCCGUGGGAUUCGUCCAGCCAGCUACAUUCGCCAAAUUCAUCGGAGGCCCACAACGCACGGCACCAUAUGUUGACGCGCCCCAGUACUACCAAGCCUAUUUUGGAUGAACAGAUUCAACUACAGAGUACAUUAAAUAAGGACUUUUGGCUUAACUUUUAGUUAACUGCAUUAAAUUGUUAAGCCUGUGCUGUUUCUCAUAGUAAGCCCACUAAACGUGUUUUCAACGAAAAAUGUCAUAAUAUAAUGUCAUAGUAACGGAUUUUUUCCACCCUAUAACGUACAUACAUAUAUGUAUAUUUGAACCCAAAUAAAACA